UCAGAUUAAAAACGAUCAACAGAUCCCCAUUCGCUGUUUGCAAGAAGAAAAUUGCGAGAGAUUCACUACGGUUGGAGAAGAAUUUUAUGGUUUCAGUGGGGAUUUAUAAGACUAGAUUAGUUGACUUUAACUAGAUACGCCAGAUUUUUGCGACUUACAUGCACUGAAUUGAAUAGUAGAUGAUGUGAAGGUCUGAGGUGCUCGUUAUUCUUCAGCUUUCAGAGAUGAAGUGGACCUCUUAAAAGAUUUCAGAAGUCAUUUUUCAGAAGUGAGAUUAGCUUGUAAAGAGUGACUCUAUCUCUUCCAGUAUGCCACUUACGUCCAAAAAAGAGAAGGAACCAAAAGAAAAAGAAAAGGAGAAAGAGAAAGAAAACAAGGAUGACAAGCCUAUGGACUUUAAACUUUAUCUGGAACAAGCCAAGAAGGACUUUGAAAACAAAUGGAACAAUCCAUCGUCGAACACAGCUCGUCUCAGCCACUUCGAGAGAAUCCAGACCCUAGGUACUGGUUCCUUCGGGCGAGUGAUGUUGGUUCAGCACAAAGAAUCCAAGAAAUAUUAUGCGAUGAAGAUAUUAGACAAGUUAAAGGUGGUCAAGCUAAAGCAAGUGGACCAUACGCUCAAUGAGAAAAGGAUAUUACAAGCCGUUGAUUUCCCCUUCAUGGUCAAUCUGGUAUAUCAUUUCAAAGAUAAUUCUAAUUUAUAUAUGGUAUUGGAAUACGUUUCCGGAGGUGAAAUGUUUUCUCAUUUAAGGAGGACUGGACGUUUCAGUGAAGCUAGUGCAAGAUUUUAUGCCUCACAGAUAGUGCUGUCAUUCGAAUAUUUGCACUCCCUCGAUCUUGUCUAUCGCGAUUUAAAGCCGGAGAAUCUUCUUAUUGACGAAGAAGGAUAUGUAAAGGUAACAGAUUUCGGCUUUGCAAAAAAAGUUCGAGGCAGAACAUGGACGCUCUGUGGCACUCCUGAAUAUUUGGCCCCUGAAGUCAUUCUUAGUAAAGGUUAUAACAAAGCUGUGGACUGGUGGGCCUUUGGCGUCCUGGUAUACGAAAUGGCUGCAGGUUAUCCGCCAUUCUAUGCCGAUCAGCCUAUUCAGAUAUACGAGCGGAUCGUAUCGGGAAAGGUUCGAUAUCCUUCCCAUUUCACACCAGAAUUAAAAGACCUCUUGAGAAAUCUUCUUCAAGUAGAUCUUACAAAGCGGUAUGGCAACCUAAAGAAUGGAGUAGCAGAUAUCAAAAAUCAUAAAUGGUUUCAAACUACAGAUUGGAUUGCAAUUUUCCAACGGAAGGAAGAAGCGCCUUUCAUUCCUACAUGUAAAGGUCCAGGAGACGCCAGUAACUUCGAUCCAUAUCCUGAAGAGCCCUUAUACAUUGCAUCGAGCGAAAAAUUUGCUAGAGAACUCGAAGAAUUUUAAUUCCGGAAUUCACUCAUUUCAGCUGUGCGCCGAUGAAAUUCCGAUAGUUUUUUUGUAUCUUUGAUAGGCUUGAAAAUUUUUAUACAAUAUUUUAAUAUUCUAACCGUUAUUCGAAAACUAGGAAAAGAGAGCAUGUCAAACUUUUCCUCAAAGCAGUAUCUCCUGUGCUCUUCGUAACUGAAUUUACAUUUAGUUCUUAGUUGCAGAUUCACAAAGAACUGAAACGGCGUUUUAAAUUUAUUUUUCGCAUACUUUGAUGAAUUUAUUUGUAAAAAUACAUCUGCAAAAUACUUAGUAAUAAAGCAAUAUAAAAUAAUGCCUUAAUUAAAAGAUAUCUAUUUGCAGCU